AUGGUUGACCCCUCGGAGCCUGAGGAGCAGAAUAAGUGUAAAGGUCCGCAGCUCGAAGCUCCGGCUGUGGCCACUGAAGACCCUCGACUGCCACAAGAAGCCGAUGGCACGACGACAGAGGAGGAUGGAGAUGCCGGUUUCGAAACACCACCCACCGGCAGUUCUGAGCCGAGUCCCUGCCACUCCGCGUCCCCGGUGGGGCCAGACGCUGCCUCUCAGGGGGCAGCGCCUCAGCAACCACAGACUCAGACGGAUCCACCUCCCAGGCUGCACCUGGACCUGUUCAACUUUGACUCACCAGCCGCAGAGGGCAGUCGCUAUGUGCUAACAAGCCCCCGCUCUUUGGAGGCGUGCGCUCGAUGUGGGGUCAAACCUGUGGAGCUGCUGCCCCGCCCGCUCACUGACUUCGCCCGCGAGGCUCCUGGACGCUCCAUGCGUGUCGCUACAGGACUGUAUGAAGUGUACGAGAGGGACAGACACGCCAAGCUGAGGCAGUGCAGGGAGGAGAGGGAGAGGAUUGUUAGGGAGGAGAAAAGACGGAUUAUGCAGGCGACAGUCAAUAGCAGUAGCAGUGUGUCAUCCUCCUCUGUGGACAAAGCCCCUUCUGGCUCCAGUCAGCCUCCUGCAGCUGUGCCAGUGACCUCCAGCUCAGCCCCGGAUGUUGGAGCGUCCUCUAGAGCCACAGCAUCAGCUCCAACCUCUAAAACUGGUACAGCUCUCGUAUCUAAAGCCCCUGCCUCCGGUCUCAGUACCUCCCCUAAAUCUGCAGGAUCUCCUCAGUCAUCAAAAACUGGUUCUACAACCUCUACACCACCUUCCAAGGCUGGUUUCCAGGGACCUGCCAAGCAUCCUUUGACCUCAUCAACUGAACAUGUGAAAGCCACACGGCCGCUCUCGUCCGGCCCUCCGCCAGUGGUCAGGAAGUCCUCUGGAGGUAAAUCUUCAAACACUUUCCCCAGGUCAACGCCAAAACCGCCCGCCUUCCCCAGAGCCAAUACCACGUUGACAUCAUCGGUGUCCAAGCCCGCAGCGCAGAGCGCCGGGACGCCUCUGAACGGUGUGACAGGAGGACCGUUCACUCAGCACAACGGACAUCUUGGACUUCAGUCCAAGGUGAAAGGAAGAAGCCAUUCGCUGGAGUCCCUACAGCGAAGGAUGGAUCCCGUCUGCUCCUCCACCUCCACCACCACCACUACCACCACAUGCACCUCAUCAGAGUCAGGUGCUUCCUCCUCUUACAGUUGGGACGGUGCACGAGAUCACUGGGCGAAAUUCUCCAGCCCCCGAGCUCGCACCAUGGCGACUUUCAACUCCCUGAUGGGCCGCAGCCUCAGCCUCGGUGACCUGAGCCACUCUCCUCAGACGACACAGAAGGUGGAGCGCAUUGUGAAGGAGGUGAAACGCAGAGGCCUGAAGGCCGUGUCCGAGCGAGACCGCAAGAUCGCGGCGUUGAUGCUCGCUCGAUAUCAGGAGGAAGACAUCAUGAGUCAGACUCGCUAUGUGGCUCAUCUUCAGUGGGACAGCGAGCGCAGAAUGGAGGAGCUACGGCGAGAGCAGGAGGACAGAGAGAAGCAGCGAGCAGUGCUUCAGUGUCAGCGAGUGUGGCAGACACAAGUGUCAAUACGUCAGCGACGACUGAGCCAGCAGGAGCGAGAAUCAGCAGCUGCCAAAAUGCGACAAGCUGAGGAGAACGAGGAGCGAUGGAGAGAGCUCGCGGAGCAGCAGGAGCGCAGCCGCCUGCUGAGGUUACAGCAGGCGGCACGAGAGGAGAAGCAUAAGAAAGCGCUUCAGGAACAGAACCUGAAGGCUCUGGAGGAGGAGAGGGCGGCCAUGCUGGAGCAGGAGAGGCUGCUGCUCAGAGAGAAGCUCACCAUGGCUGAGCUGAAGAGACAAGAGAAGGAGCACCAGGCCCAAGAGGAGAGACUGGGUCUGAACAAAGCUGAGAAGAGACGUCACGCUGCCCUGAUACAGGAAAUAGCUCGCAGAGAGAAGGAGGAGAGGGAGGAGGCCAGGAGGGCGGCGGAGGAGAAGCUCAGUCGCUCCCUGGAGAAUUACGAACAGAUAGUUGAGCGUCGAGGGCAGGAGCUGAAAGAAAAGGCCAAACGUGAGGAGAAGCAGAUCCAGAAAGCACGCAAGGCGGCAGAGAAGCGUGAGAAGCAGCAGCAGCAGCUGCUGGAGGCUCGUGUGAAGGAGGCCGAGAAACGAGCCCAACAGGCAGCGCUAGUGGCCGAGGAGAAGGCCAAAGAGAAAGCUCAGCGGGCCGUCCAGAGCCGGCAGGAGAAGGAACGGCUCCAGAAACUCAACCGGCAGCGUGUGGAGGAGGAGGAGAAGCAGCGGCGCCUGGAGCUGCUCCAGUCCAUCGAGAGGAAGCUGGAGAAGAGCGAGCAGAUCUUCAGAGAGAAGAGGGCGGUGCUGGAGAGCGCUCGCUCCGUGGCUCGAGCUUCUUUUCAUGUGCGAGACAAAGUGCGGGAGGAGACCAACAUGCGCACUUUUGAUAAAAUGGCCCUGGAAGCACAGCUGAAAGCCAGUCUGGAUGAGAAGUAAACCCUCAGCUUUGCUGUCAGCUCCCUCCUUCUGGUCAUGUGCUCGGCUCCUGCCUUCGUUAUGACCCUCGUCACUCAAAGCUUUACCCUUCUUCUCAUACACAGUGUUGUUUUGUCCUUAUGUAUCUUUACCCAUCUGCUUGUUUGAUCACAUUUUUGUUCCAUCAAAGCAAACCAAAUCAUUUUGUAUCACGGAUGUAAUGAGACUACAAACUAUAUCAUCAGCUGUUACACAUUAACAGUAAAGCCUGUGUGGGACUCCAGUAGACUUUAUAUUAGAUGAGUGUAGAGAGAGUAACACAACCCCUCCGCUCUCUUCCUCUUCGCCCUCUGCUCCGUCUGUCUCAGCUACUGGACUGAAAGCUGUGCUGGAAUGAAAAGAGUCAUUGUUUACCAGGAAGCACAACUCCAUGACAACUGCAGAGGCUUUUAAGGGAAAAUUAAGCGUAAGAAGGAAUCAAAAGCAGAAUGCAAAUGGUUCUCCAACCCCAGAGCAACCGAGGGAUCCUUUUGUAGACACACUGCAACACGGCUAAAUAAAGCAUGGAAAUAAAGCCCCGGGCCGGACACUCGUCUGAACCUAACUGCUGUCAGUGCAGCACAGGAGCGCCGUGUGCACGGGCCCCGUGCUGACGAAGCAUCAGAGGACGGCGGCCUCUGCAGCAGAGCCAUCCUUCCUCCCGCUCAUCUUCUUCAAAGACUCCCUCCAUCUGUCUGUCCUCCUCAUGUCACAUUACAAUAAACAGUGAAGUGCUCUGAGAGACAGACGCCUCUUGACUCCCCCCCCCCCGCAGUCAAAUCUGCUACCAGCACAGCAGCCUGGGGACCCUGCCAAGGUCAACAGGUCCUGGUGAUGAAACCUACAAUCCUCCCCAGCUGAACCCCUUCUUCCUGCCCACACUGAGCUUUGUAAGUGUACAACAAACAAGU